UUUCAUUCCUGUCCUCAUUCCGAACAUUCUUAGCAUCGCUCGCGCCGCGCCGCGCCGCCCGAGCCGUGCCGAGCCUCUGCAGCCGCCGCCGCGGCCCCGCCGCCCGCCGCGGGCGCCCACCAAGCACUUUGCAGACUCGCUUCCACCCUGCGGGCCGGUCCGCGCGGCGGGGCCCGGGCCCGGGGCGGCCGCGUCCGGGGACAGGCCAUGCAGUGAAACCCCCCCACCCCGUCCGCCUUUGCCCGGAGCCGCGGGCAGCAGCCCAGUGCGCCCAGCCGGCCCCGGGGCAGGAGCGGUGCUAGGCAGGGGUGGGGUGGCCCGGCCCGGGGACCGGGAGCCGGGGAGGGAGCCGGGCACCGAGCUGCGGGCGGGGGAACCGGCGCCGAAGUUUGCCUCGGACUCGCCGGGCGCUGCGGCGGCUCCCUUCGCCGAGGUUUAUUUUCUUGAAAAGGCUCCAGGCUCCGGCUUGGAAAAUCCAACCGCCAAAAUUGAGCCCAGCAGCUGGAGCGGCAGUGAGAGCCCUGCCGAAAACAUGGAAAGGAUGAGCGACUCUGCAGAUAAGCCGAUUGACAAUGAUGCGGAAGGGGUCUGGAGCCCUGACAUUGAGCAGAGCUUUCAGGAAGCCUUGGCUAUCUAUCCGCCAUGUGGGAGGAGGAAAAUCAUCUUAUCAGACGAAGGCAAGAUGUAUGGUAGGAAUGAAUUGAUAGCCAGAUACAUCAAACUCAGGACAGGCAAGACGAGGACCAGAAAACAGGUGUCUAGUCAUAUACAGGUCUUAGCAAGAAAGAAAGUUCGAGAAAUUCAAGCCGCCAUUAAGGUGUCUAGUCACAUUCAGGUUCUUGCCAGAAGGAAAUCUCGUGAUUUUCAUUCCAAGCUAAAGGUAACAAGCAUGGAUCAGACUGCCAAGGAUAAGGCCCUGCAGCACAUGGCCGCCAUGUCGUCAGCACAGAUUGUCUCGGCCACCGCCAUUCACAACAAGCUGGGGCUGCCUGGGAUUCCACGCCCCGCCUUCCCGGGGGCGCCGGGGUUCUGGCCAGGAAUGAUACAAACAGGGCAGCCGGGAUCCUCACAAGACGUCAAGCCCUUCGUGCAGCAGGCCUACCCCAUCCAGCCAGCGGUCACAGCCCCCAUUCCAGGUUUUGAGCCUGCGUCAGCCCCAGCUCCCUCAGUCCCAGCCUGGCAGGGCCGCUCCAUCGGCACAACCAAACUUCGCCUGGUGGAAUUCUCAGCCUUCCUCGAACAGCAGCGAGACCCAGACUCGUACAACAAACACCUCUUCGUGCACAUUGGGCAUGCCAACCAUUCUUACAGUGACCCAUUGCUCGAAUCAGUGGACAUUCGUCAGAUUUAUGACAAAUUUCCUGAAAAGAAAGGUGGCUUAAAGGAACUGUUUGGAAAAGGCCCCCAAAAUGCCUUCUUCCUCGUAAAAUUCUGGGCCGACCUAAACUGCAAUAUUCAGGAUGACGCUGGGGCCUUUUAUGGUGUCACCAGUCAGUAUGAGAGUUCUGAAAAUAUGACAGUCACCUGUUCCACCAAAGUGUGCUCCUUUGGGAAGCAAGUAGUAGAAAAAGUAGAGACGGAGUAUGCGAGGUUUGAGAAUGGCCGAUUUGUGUACCGGAUAAACCGCUCCCCGAUGUGUGAAUAUAUGAUUAACUUCAUCCACAAGCUCAAACACUUACCAGAGAAAUAUAUGAUGAACAGUGUUUUGGAAAACUUCACAAUUUUAUUGGUGGUAACAAACAGGGAUACACAAGAAACUCUUCUCUGCAUGGCCUGUGUAUUUGAAGUUUCAAAUAGUGAACAUGGAGCACAACAUCAUAUUUACAGGCUUGUAAAAGACUGAACAUGGUUAUUUAUAUAUAUAGACAUCUGUAUAUACACACACACACACACACACACACACACACACACACAUAUGUGCGCACACACACUCUCUCUCCAUUACUGAAUGACUGACUGUAAACCUCACCACACAGGGGGGUGCCCUGGCCCCAAGGUCACCCUGACUUUUUCUAAAUCCUGUUUGAGUGAAGUCAUUUUUCAUGUGUUCAUACUAUCAUUGUAGCUGUGAAGUUCUGGUACAGUUGUAAAAAGAGAAAUCGAGUUGUUUCUAUGUGUCCUUCAGAUCCACAGCCCACAAUUUUUUGGGAAGGAUGAACCUUAAGAACCCGGGUCUCAGUCUGCAGAGACCUGUUUCUAAUUGUGGUAGAAAAAAUUUGAGACAGAGCAUUUGCCAUGGGACAUUUACAGCCUUUAUACAAAUGUAUUUAGUUCUUUUUUUUUUUCCAACAUAAAAUUCUUGUUUUAAGAUACAAGUAAAAUUAAUCUUUAAAUAUAAAUGUAAAUUAGUACACAAAACUAAGAAUCUUUAGACUUAUCUUUGUAACUAAUUAGGGUGGAAGUUAUGAAAGAAUGUAAUUCACUAAAUUAUUUUUUAAAUGAAACUUUUCUUUCUUUUUUGAAACCAAAUGUUAAAAUAUAGCCUUAAAUGCUUGGUAGAAAUAUUCUAAUGAGACAAAUUUGUACUUUUUUUUCCUCAAGGUUAAAACUAAUCUCUUAAUCCAUUAAACUCUUGAACAGGUAUUACAAAGGAAGAAAACUUCACCCCUUAUCCUUAACAUAUAUAGUAUAUUUAAGAAAUAUAAAAUUGUAUUGUACUAAUGUGAUGAUUAUUUAAUGAAAAAGAAAAGAUGGCUCUUUUUGCAAUAAGUAGAUAAAUACUGAAAAUCUAAACGUACAAUGUUUAUAGUCUUGUGUGUGCAGUUAUAUUUUAUAUGGACAACCAAAUUUUUUAUAAAGAUGAGUAAAUGUUUGAACCACUGAAAUUUAAUAACAAAAAUUUAAAAUUGGCACGAAUACUGCACUGUGAGCUGCAAAAUCUAGAAAAUCCUGUGGCUGGGAGAAAUUUCAUCAACCAAACAAGUAAAAGGCUCAUCAGUUUUAGCAUCUCUGCUCCCCAGAAAACUUGCAAGCAUCCUCACCAGCCUGUGGAUAAAUUAUUUCUGGUGAACCAACAUGCAUAUUAACCUGCUAUAACUAUAUGUGUAUGUGUGUGUUUGUGUAUGCCUCUAUACACAUAUACAUGUGUAGUUAUUCAACACAUAUUUAUUGAACAUUUAGUGUCACUCAAUUUGCUAGGUGCUGAUACGUAUGUAUAUCUCAGUCUGUGUCCAUAGAUCUAGCUAUAUUCUCACAGGACAUCCGUUUUCUCAACAUCUCUCAAUAAGUCAGAGUACUUGUUUGAGGUCUGAGAGUCCCAGCGCCCUCUGACUUUUUCAAACAGACUCAUUUGGGAGGUUCUCUUCCCAGGAGAAAUUCGACUUUCCGACCCAAAUAUUCCAAAGCGUUGCCCAGGCACAGCUGGUUUGAAGUGGCCAACAUGUCUUGGGUUAUUUUUCCGUAAGUGCUUCAUUGGGAAGGAGAGAGGGCAUACUCCCCAACUUCCCAGAGGAAAGUGACGUUUUUAUAUUUGCCAGGCAUAUGUUAACAUGGUGGAAUAAGUUCUGUAAGUCACGAACCUUAUUAAGACUUUUUCAUUACGCUGGAAAAUGAACACCCUGUUCUUUCACCUCCAAGUAACUUCCCCUCUUCCCUGUCCCACCACCCGCCCUGCUUGUGUAUUGAUUAGUGCCUGGUGGUCAUGAUCAUGAGGGUGUGGCUGGCUUGUGGCAGAGGGAAGGACACUGGACCAAGCCUGACCUGUUCCAAACUCAUACGCCACCGGUUCCUGGGAAGACCAGAGAAGAAAGUGCAGAAUGUUUCCCAUUUGCAACGCACAUCCCUCAUUCACACCAGCAGGAUGAGAUCUGUCUUCCCUCUGUAAAGAAACUAACGUUUAUUCUCUGAUUCUAAGUGGGCCUUGGAAGGAUUGGCCCCAGUUGUCUGUUCCAUCUAGUCUCCAGCCUAAGCAUUUAAGCUUCUUCCAUGGUCAUCAUACGUAAGGACUUCUCUUGGUCACCCCUCCCGGGGAUGCUUUUUUUGCUCCUGUCUCCUGCAUCUUUCCUCAAAGGAAACCCCGCUCACCCAGGACCAGGACCCUACGGAGGGGUGUAAAUGACCCGCCAUGGCCAGAACCAUCCGAGAAUUCAGGGAGAGGGGCAUCCGAUUCACAUUCCCACCCAGGAAUGGGGUCUUCUGUGCUGCCAGGAGGGCUCCUGAGGGUUUACUUUUCAAAGCACAAACAGACCCCAGAAGAGCAGCUAGAGGGUGGUUCUGUUGGCUGCAGAGAAGGGCAGACCCCGGUCUGCUGAACUCACUGAGACAGGCUGGGCCCUUUAAUGCCACCCCGCCAAAUGCCCUCUUCCCCAAAAUGCCUUCGUAGUUGAGUUUGGGGCAUUUACACGAACAUCCUUGAGGAUUGCUUUUUGCUCUCAAGACAUUUCUAAGAUCUUUAAAAUUUUACUUUUUGUCUUGUUCUUCUAAAACUUUCUCCAGGGCAGAUAUUUUCCCUAUCUUAACCACUGACCCAAUCACCCAAACACUUGGCCCUCUCUCCAUCUCUCUCAAAUUAGGUGCUGGGGUGGGAUUUGUGUAGUAACACCUAAUCCAGAUCUGUCUUUGGCCUUUCACCCUUAAUAGCAGAGUCUUCACCCUUUAUAUGUAAAGCUUCCUAAACCAUAAAGAAGCCUCUCCACACCUCUGUCUUUACAGCUUUCUUUUGGGUACCAUCUAUCCUGGUGACCCUCUGCUACCAGGAUUGAGUCAGGGACAUCAUGUGCUUUUACUGGAGAAUUUGGAGGCUGAUUUACCACAGCUUAGACAGGGAGGCACUAAAGAACUGGACUCUGGUCUGUUGGCAUUUGUUUCCAUCUUAGCAAGAGACCUAAAAUUACAAUCAGGACUUUUUCAGAACAGGUAGAAUCCCAGAAGGCCUAAGCUAUGCCAAGCCAGGGUUUCUAAACCUCGACACCGGACAGUUUGGAGCAGUUCCUUGUUGUGUGGGACUAUCCUGUGCAUUGUAGGAAGUUUAACAGUAUCCCUGGCCUCUUGCCCACCCUGCCUCAGCUGCCACAAUCCAGAAUGUCUCCAGACAUUGCCUGGUAUCCCACGGAGCACAGCACUGCCCCCCGUUGAGAAGCACGGCCCUAGGUCUUACAGGUCACCAAUAGCAUAUUUGAGAUUUUCUGGUUUCCUUCCAUUUCACCCUUAGAAGUCUUGCUCUCCUGGGAGCCUUGUUUCAGGACAUUAAGAGGCAGGUAGGAAUAUUACUCAAAUGACAUUAUGUCCAGGUCUCUUCCAGUUCAGAGCUUCUAUUAAACUGCAGAGUCUGUCUCGCUACAAAGUAUCCCUUGCUUCAUCCCUGGGGAAGUCGGGAGCAGCUGGUGGCCGUCGGGCAGAUAAUCCACUUGCACCUCUAUGUUAGGUGCAUUUGGAAUUUGAUCUUCAGGUUUUCGUGUACCAGCUUGAAAGGAAGUUCCGGCUAUUUUCAUGAUUCCUCAGAAGCUUAUGGGUCUCCUGAUCGAAGCUGUCAUCAUUUCAGUGAACUUCCUCUGGUCUUCUACUUUCUGCCCUACCUUCAGUGCCGUUGUUAGAAUUUAUGGAAGCCUUUGGAACACUUCUUUUCAUCUUUAGGGAUGUUGGAGAGAGGGACCAGUUCUGGAAGAGGGCUGAUAGGUUUUUUGUUUUUUUUUUUUUUAAUUGAGCUACAAGAGGGCACAAUCUACCGUCUUUCAUUUAGCCGAUGAGAAAGUUGAGGCCCAGAGUGGAAGUGACCUGCUGAAAGUCACCCAGCUAGUUAAUGACAGAAUGAGGAUGAGGAGGCUCUGGGACCUUGUCACUUAAUCCUUGGCCUCUCCUGGUAGAGGUUGUUCCUCUCCGGUGCUCAAGGCUACCUGAUCCCUACAAAGGUGUGCACAAGCUCAGGUCAGAAGAGAGGGGGAAGAUUAAGAACCGUCCCCCUCAGCCAGAGUAAUAGCAUCCCUCCCCCCCCACCCGCCCGAUGCUGACGUUACUUCUCACAUGGAGCCUCUGGUCCGCUUGGAGCUACGCGAGACACGCACAAGCAGAUAUGAAAGCUGAUGAGCCUUUUCGCUUACCCUGAGGACAAUUCACCUGCCCCAGACUCUGAGUCCAAUUUCUUUUUGCCAAACAUCCCAGCAGCAAAGUCCCACACUCAGACCAGCCAAAAAGCAGCCCCGGUUCCCGGCACUUGGUGUUACAGGUCCCCAGAGGACUUAAACCCAAGGCUUCUUUAGGUCUCGAUACCGUAGCGGCUUUAGCAGUCUGUUUUUGUACAACCGUAAAUUAUUUGAAUUGUAUGAGAUGACAGUCGAUUUUACCAAACCAGGUACAUACAAUUUGUAUAAGUUUGUAUAUGCUCUGUCUGGUACACCACACCUGUCCUAAUGAAGGGUAGAACCAAUUCUGUGCGUUGGUGUUCACACCUGUGACAUUGAGAGGAAAUGUCUGCAUUGCUUCUUUCUUUCUGUUGCUGUUUCUGUGGCAAAGCCCUGCACAUGUCAUUUCUGAAAAGCCUUAAAUCUUUGAGACGUUGCAUGUAGGGUGCGCAGUGCAAAAGGCUGCCUCGGAACUGUGAGCCCUUUUGUAAGCUGGAAGCAUUUCUCUUACUACUGUUAUUACUUUUUUAGGGAGUUUUAAAUUCAGAGCUGCCAAAGCGUUCCAGUAAGCAGUGCCUUAGUGAUACCUAGUCAUGCCGCCGGCCUUUUCUUACCCAACCCUCCACGCCCAUUUACGAAAUUGGCCCAGUAUUUGAAACCACGCAGGCAAAAACCGUUCUCAUUUCUCUUGCGUAAGCCCAUUUUUCUCCGGUUCUAUAAGAAACUGGCCACACUUGGUCUAAAAUCGGAAGCCGAACAUGAGUGGGUUCUUUGACCGCACUCUCCAAUGUAUAUACCAAAAUGGAAAGUUUUCCAACUUCGUAGUUUACCAUGAAAAACAAAUUGUACUUUUAACGCUGCCUUUUAAAUUCACGACCAAAUACUUAGCUAUUUAUGAACCUUCUGCGCUCUAGCAUGGAAGUGCCUUUGGUUUGAGAUUCCAGCUUAGAAAAGUGCUGCCGUGGUAAAUUUGUAGAGAGACCAAAAAUAUUCUGAGAUCACCGUAAUGCCUUUGGUUUACCAGGAUGAGUAACCAACCACAGGCCUCUGUCCACAAGGGUGCGACGCGGACCCUGCCUGUGGCCGCCACCAGUCACCAGUGGCACGCCGCGGGAGGAGGGCCCCCGGGAACUGUCGUUGUCCUGUCUGUGUGUGCCAGCGACCCAGGUGUCCCCUCCGCUCGCCACCCAGCCCCACGUCCACGUGAGGGGACUUGCACACAAACGGCAGACUUCCGGCCGGUGGACAGAUCCGUCCUUCCCCUUCUGUUCGUGUCCAGUCUCUGGAGGCUCACUUUUCCAUCCGGACGACCGCGCGCACUUACCUGGUUUACACAGUGAUACCAUGCCGAGAGCUAGAAGCCUCAAACUGAGAUGACCGUGCAGAACAAAAAGCGAGUUAGGGUCAUGACAAUUGAAGUGUUCUUCUUACGGCGCAGAUGUUGACUCUGAGUGUUGUGUAUGAAUGUGCUAUGAGAAACUUCCAAAGAGCACCAUUCACAAUUCGGCAUUUUCAAAGAAUGUUCCAGCCCUCAAAAGGGCAACUCUCUAGAGUCCGUGUUGGCUUUUAUCCAAACCUUGUGUAGCUUGGGAAAACUGUUAGAGGUAAGGAAGAGGAGUGGAAAGGACCAGAAGGCAAAAACACCAGCCAAACAAAAGCCAGGAGAAAAAAAAAAAAAAUUGUCCUUUACCAAUAUAGACUUCAAAAUGACAUCAGACAUCUUUGAAAGUUAGCCUCUGAACUCUUAAUGCGUAUGUUCUUUCGUCUCCACCUGGUGUCUUUAAGAAUACCCUGUCUGGGCUCUGAAAUUUCAGGAGUGAUUCCUACCCACACCAAGUUGUGAGUAUAGAAAUUUCUACAAGAAAAAAAAAAAAAUCCAGUGAUGAAAAGGAAACUGACCUAACACAAGCGCUAGUCAGCUGCUUGUAUCCAACUCCUCCCUGCUAGUUUACUCCACCACAACUUGAAAGAAAUUAAUCAAUUACUUGUUUCCCUGCUUCUCUUCUCAACUGUUACUGUGCUUUGUUUGGCAAUAGAUUUCUCCCAUAAACUCAUCAUCGCUUCUUAUCGUUAAGAAUGAAGGUUUUGUGUUUAAAAUGUAUUGCGUUGCAAGGAUAGUUUCACUGAGGUCACGCACCAUUAACUGAGAUGAAAUAUUUGUAUUUAUUGUCAUACUUCCUAAGCUAUCGCUUGUUUUAUUCUUCGUGAAUUUGCGUUGAGUCAGUCAUAUGCCACGCCCCAUCACUUUAGUUCAUUUGAAAUGGCAUUUAUGUUUCCUCUUGCUCCUCAUUAAAUGGGGUCAGAUUCCAGUAGAUUCCGCCUCUCUCAGGUAGACUCUUUUGUCUGCUUUCCAUUAUGGUUUGCCCUUCCCUGGUCUCUGAGAGGGGCCAACAGAAUCUAGGCGUAAAUCAAUUGGAAACCAGUCUCGUAUUUCUUUAUUUUCAUUGUUAUUUUUUUGGAUCAUUUUCUGUGACUAGUUUGACUGUGUAAAUUAGAUAUUAACUGCACUUCUUAAAAAGGAAAAAUACAUCUCCCUGUUACCUCCUGGAAAGAUUCACUUCUGUAGGCCUUUGUCAAUAGGCUCACGCCUGCAGAGAAGGGGGAAAAAAAAAGAAAGAAAGAAAACACAAAAACAGUACGUGCCUGAAAAACAACAAGACAAUUUUGUAACAUUUAAAAAAGAAACCCGAAUAGCCUUUAAUUCUUUAAUAUGCUUCGAUUUUAUGUAAAUUGGUUUUGCCACAUGUGUUUGUUCACAUUCUAAAUGACUUAAUGGGAUUCUCACAGUCUGUGUCUUUGUGUCCCGUGUAUACUAUGGGCUUGUGACGGAAACGCUUCAUCUGUUCAGUGGUUGCUUUGAUAUUGUACUGCGGCUGGGAGGGGGCUAUGGAACCUGCCUGUGGGUAAUAAGGUUCCUCUUGGUAGAUUGGAGAUCUGGGGGUGGGGGUGGGGGCAAAUUCUCACACACGUUUUCUUAAACUGUUUGCAGAAACUUUCAAAAGGCAUUCGGUUAAACCUCUCGGCAGUACAGUAUUCCUGUAUUUGUUAACGUCUGUGUUUAGGUACUGGUACCUUUUUGUUUAAAAAUGUUCUAAGUGUUGGCUUUAAAGUGAAUUUAUCUUUAGUAUGAUAGUUAUAUGAAAAUUAUAGGGUUUGUGUGCAGAGAAUUUUUUUAUAAAGUGCUUUGUAAAAAAAAAAAAAAUGUAUUCUAGCUUUCGCGGUACAUAUGUGUGAUAACUUUAAUAUCCAUGACAGUUAAGUGCAAUUAUUUCAUCACUCUAAAAAUGCUAUUUUUGUGUCAGUUCCUGCAGGUGUUUUCAUGUCUUUGCAAAGUGACACAUUUUGAUGCCUUCUUGAUAAAGUGGUAGACAUUUUGUAGCUUUCUAGAAACUUUGUAUUCAUACGGUAUCAAUGAAAAAUAAAGACAAUGAAAGUGUGGGCUA